AGCACAUUCGUUGAAUUACGAAAUGAAGGAUGGAUAGAACUUCAGUAUAUAAGAGCUCGGUGAUUUUUUUGAAACAGUAUAUUCGUUUUCCUUCAUCGAAGCAAACUAACCAUCUAUUAUUCAUCAUGAUGUCCAAGGCCCUCAUCUGUUUCGCUCUCGUCGUAGCCCUAUUCGGCUUCAGCAUUGCCCAAGUAUUGCCUGGCGCUGCCGGUCCAGGUGGUCUUCCAGGAGCAGUCCCCGGAGUCAACCCAUACAAUCCAUACAACCCUUAUAACCCUUACCAACAAUACCCUCAACAAUUCUACCCAGGACAACAGGCUUAUCCCGGACAACCUGGAUUCCCCGCACAAGGAGUUCCCGGACGUUUCUGAAAUCAGUCAAGAAACUUCAAACCGGAAUGAUUCGAUAAAACCCAAGAUUUAUAAUGACCAACUGAACGAUAGCGCUGCAGAAAAAAAAUUUCGCAAAUAUCCAUAAUAACUUUUCAAAUAAAUUUCUAUGUGUUACAAUAAACUAUUAUGAUAUUGCA